UAGGGACAAUAUAAUUUAAAAAAGGAUAACGGAACUGAAAAUACGUCAAAAUUUUCCAAAAUUUACACUAUCAUCGGAGCGUUAAGGGGCAACGGGGUUUACCCAUUGUCACAAGGUAGGUCCGCCCAUAAAAGAUAGGGGGUGUUAAUGGAAAUUAUUAAAAGAUUUAGUCGACUUCAACCACAGUUCCACACAGUGAGCCGGCCUUCUAUAUAUACGCCGCUCACUUUCCUGUUAUAUGUAAAAGUUAUGGUGUGAACAAAACUCCAAGCACACACUUUUACACACAUGUGAUAUGAUCUAAAGAUCGAGUGGAGGGUGGAAUAAUGGCUUUGAAGAUGGAAGGCAUGGGGAUUAAUGGAGAUGCGAAAGUGGAAGAACUCAAACAGCCCAACUACAGAGGAGUCAAAGCCAUGCCUUUUGUUAUAGGAAAUGAGACGUUUGAGAAGCUGGGAACGAUUGGAACAUCGACAAAUCUGCUAGUGUACCUAACCACAAUAUUUAAUAUGAAGUCGAUUACUGCUACUAAUCUAAUCAACGUGUUUCACGGUACAUGCAACUUCGGUACUCUUGCUGGAGCAUUUCUCUCCGACACUUAUUUCGGCCGAUAUAAAGUUUUAGGAGCUGCUUCCAUUUCAUCUUUCUUGGGUAUGCUUGUGCUAACAUUAACAGCAACACUCAAAACACUUCAUCCUCCUCAAUGUGUAGACACAUUUUGUGUUGGACCAACACCAUGGCAAAUGGCUUUCUUGCUCUCCGGUUUUGUGUUCUUAAUCAUCGGAGCAAGCGGAAUCCGACCAUGUAACUUAGCUUUUGGCGCGGACCAAUUCAACCCAAACACGGAAUCUGGCCAACGGGGGAUCGCUAGUUUCUUCAAUUGGUACUACUUUACGUUCACGUUUGCCAUGAUGGUGUCAUUGACCAUCAUUGUAUACGUGCAAGCGAAUAUCAAUUGGGCCAUUGGCUUAGCAAUCCCGACAUUCCUUAUGUUCUUGUCGUGUGCCGUAUUCUUUGUGGGUACGAGAAUUUAUGUGAUAGUGCAGCCUGAUGGCAGCCCUUUGACUAGCAUUUUUCAAGUUCUGGUGGCCACUAUCAAGAAGAGGAAGCUGACAAUUCCUGAGGAACCAUCACUUUCCCUGUUCAAUCAUGUUUCUACCAAAUCUAUCAACGCCAAACUACCCUACAACAAUCAACUCAAGUUUUUGAACAAAGCAGCAAUCAUAACAACAAAAGACAAUAUUAACCUGGAUGGAUCGUCGGGAGAUCGAUGGACGUUAUGUAGCAUACAACAAAUAGAAGAAGUGAAAUGUGUAGUUAAAACAAUACCGAUUUGGUUCGCUUGCAUAAUCUACAAUGUUUCACUUACCAAUAUGCAAACCUACACUGUCUUUCAAGCCUUACAAUCUGACCGCCGACUCAACCAUAGCUCAUUUAAGGUUCCAGCUGCAUCAUACACUGUCUUCCAAAUGCUAGCCCUUACCAUAUGGAUCCCAGUUUAUGACCGAUUGAUAGUUCCAUGUCUGCGGAAAAUAACAAACGAAAGGCAAGGGAUUUCACUUCUCCAAAGGAUUGGAGUUGGGAUGGGAAUCGCCAUUUUCACGAUGCUUGUUGCAGCUAUAAUUGAAACGAAAAGAAAAGACAUGGCACAUUCAAAGCCAACACUCGGCAUUGAAAGGGGAAAAGGUGCAAUUUCAUCAAUGUCGGGCUUUUGGCUUGUAUGUCAAAUGGUGGUAGCCGGGCUCUCGGAAGGGUUUGCUAUAAUCGGGUUUGUUGAGUUUUUUUACAAGCAAUUUCCUGAAAACAUGAAGAGUUUUGCUGGUUCUUUCUUGUUUUGUGGGUUCGCGAUGUCGAGUUAUCUGAGCAGCUUCUUGAUAUCGAUCGUGCAUAGAACGACUCGUGAAGGUGAAGGUGGGUCAAGAAAUUGGUUAGCCCAAGAUCUAAACGAUGCAAAGUUAGAUUACUUUUAUUAUUUAUGUGCAGGGUUGGAAGUGUUGAAUUUUAUAUAUUAUUUGAUAGUAGCAAAAUGGUAUAAAUACAAAGGAAGUGAAGACUUAGCAGAUGACGUCCCGUUAAAGGAUAUACCAGCUACCCACAAACAUAUCAUUUGAAGAAUUGGUAUGAUCUACAAGAAUCAAGUCGGGUGAAGGUCCUAAUGUGGCUUAAUGUAGCAAAAUGGUAUAAAUACAAACAUAUCAUAUGCCUUAAUGUGGGUUCUGAUGUGGCUUUAAAGGUACCCAUAUACCUAGACUCUCACAGCAUUGUAACAUUGUAAUUUCAAAUACUGAAUAUUUCAUCAUCAUCAUACUUUGUAAA